UUACCUCCCCCCCCCCCCCCUUCCUCAGCUCAAUGAAUUCCUGCAGUGUCUGUCUGUCUGUCUGUCUGUCUUGGUGGGUCUCUGUUGGUUCUUCUUGGCUGUUCAUGUUAGGCUUCCCAGUUUCCAGCGAUUAAUUGCUUGGGUUUUGAUGGGUCUUGCUCAUAAGAGAGUUUCAGUUGGGCUGUUGGAUACAAUUCUUGGGUCUGUUCCUUGUACUUGCUAGCUAGCUAAUAAAUAACUGCAGCAUUCGAAAAGCUGGUGUUUUUAUGUUUCAAAAUGGGGUAGUAGAGUUCUUAAUAGAUGAUGGUAUGUGAAAGAAUCUUCCUGGGUGUAUUUGCGUCCACCACUUGGUUCGGUGAUCCAUUGGAUUUCUUGUUUUGAACGUCAGAGAUUAUGUGAUGAGUGUGUUUUUGUAAUAUAUGAUGCUCGCAAAACAUGGGUAUUACUUCUAAAUGAGGCAAUUAUUUCCUUCCUGUUAUUUCGUGGUGUUCGAGUUUGGAAGCAUGAGCGUUAUAUCUUUGUGGAUAUUACGGAGGAUGUAUGAAGGGAUUAGAAGAGAUUGGAGUAGGAUUGAAUUGGAGAAGUAGAGAUGUGAAGCAGAGGAAAGAGAAAAAGCAGAAGAAGAGGAAAUGGGGAAGAAGAGAGGAGGCUGAGAAAACGGUUAUGGGUUUGAGAGAGUCCAUCUAUCCAACUUCUGUUAAUCCCUUUCGGAUCCUCAACCUAUGGAGCCCUCAAUAUCUGACAUUUCGGGCCCUGGACCCAGUGGAAGGCGUGCCAAUCUCUCGCUUCAGAUCCCCCCUCGACACCAUUUUUCUAGCGCUCGUAACAGCAAGGCAUUGCAAGGUUCCGCUAAAAGUAACUUAUCGCCAGGUGGAUUCUUGAGAGGCUUGAGUUUCAAGAGGAAAACCAACGCAACCCCUGAGGGCGAACAAAGCUGCCUACUCGGUUCAGAUCCGAAGACGGCACCUGGAAGCCCAUCUGUGGCUAAUAUCAUGUCCGCACUUUCUUGGAAGAGAUGUGCCUCCCUCCCAGUUACACCUGCAUCGAACUUGUCUCCUUCAGUUUCUACGCCUAUUUCAGCAAGAAUGCCCGGUGAAAGGCAUAAGCCUUCUAAAGGUUCUGUUAAUGGUCCAGUCUCGAGGUCCCUUUCUGUACCAGGGAGAAAUAUGGUUAUUGUUCGGUCAGUCUCCUUUGCUGUGCACAAAGAAAAUUCCACGGCCAAUUCUGCUGAUGAUCAAAUCAUUACCAUUCCAUCAGAAGACGAGGAUGAGGAGAUCCCUGAAGAGGAGGCAGUAUGCAGGAUUUGCCUAGAUGUAUGUCAGGAAGGGAACACUUUGAAGAUGGAGUGCAGUUGUAAAGGAGCUCUCCGACUUCUCCAUGAAGAAUGUGCAAUCAAAUGGUUCAGCACAAAAGGAAACAAGAUCUGUGAUGUUUGUGGGCAAGAGGUUUCGAACUUGCCUGUGACCUUGCUUCGGAUUGUGAGCGCUGCUCAAAGAGACACCAGACAGAACCAGAGUCAACAGAGUGCGACUUCGCAAUCGAUAAGUGCGUGGCAGGAUUUUGUGGUGCUUGUCCUUAUCAGCACGAUAUGCUAUUUCUUCUUCCUUGAGCAGCUCUUGCUUCGUGAUAUGAGAGCUCAAGCAAUUAUGUUAGCAGCCCCAUUUUCUAUUACACUGGGUGUCUUGGCAUCAGUUUUUGCUGUUGUUCAAGCAAUUAAGGAGUACAUAUGGACCUAUGCGGCUCUGGAGUUUGCAUUGGUGGCCCUCAUCGUACACCUGUUAUAUUCUUUCCUUCAUCUGAAGGCAGUUUACGCCCUAUUACUUGCAUCAGUAUUGGGUUUUGGUAUGGCAAUGAGCCUCAACGCACUGUACCUUCAAGUAUAUUCAUGGCGAGUUCAAGUUUCCCAAAGCACAACUAGCCCAGUGUGAGUUACAAUAUUAGUCUUUUGCGAAUGGUUUGUAAUGGCUCAAUCAGUAAACGUGUAUAUAUAUGUGCUGUCUUUCGGGGAAAAUGACAAAUUCGGCUGUCACGAAUUACACCUCUGUUUCUCCUCUUGAAGUUACAUCUCUUCGAUGAUCUUGUGAUCUUAUAUGAAACAGAAGUCCUAUUCUUCCUUUUUGAGUACCAUUUCUUCAGGUCAGAACCUGUAAACCAUAAGGAUCGUGGAAGGUCUUAUGAAAA